UUUUAAGUGGUGGGCAAUGCCAAGUAGUUAUCGGCCCAAAUGUAACAGAUUUUUAUGAUGUCAUUCAGCAGGAAUUAAAAGUCCAAGAACCAAGUAAUGAAAACGAAGAAAAUAAGAAAGAAAAGUUUUCUUUAACGAAGGUAAUUUCGGGCGCCUUUUUGCCAUUGAUUUCAAUCAUGGCAGGUGCCGGCAUGGUAAAAGCUUUAUUAACGGUAUUAGCCACAUUGCACUGGCUGUCACCUACAAGAGUAACUUUAUCUAAACAAUUUAAGGCUGAUCCAUUUGUCGGCGGAGCAUUGGGUGCAGCUUUAUUGGAACCCAAUUUUACCAGCUUGAUUGGUAAACAUGGGUUAAAACUGUUGGGACUAGGACUAGAACCAAUCGAUUAUUCGAUGACGGUUUUUCCUAUUUUUGUAAUUAUUGCGGUUUAUGUCUUACUUGAUAAACUGCUUAAAAAAACCCGGCAAUUACAAUUGUUUUUGAAUCCAAUGAUUUGUUUAUUAUUAUUGGUUCCAGCAACAGUUUUAGUAUUUGGUCCAUUCGGUACCAAUGUUGGUAAUUGGAUUUCAGCAGCAAUUAUGUGGCUAUUUGGGAAGAGUCGCUUGAUAGCAGGUCUUGUUUUAGGUGCCGCCUAUCCGUUUUUGACAGUUUUGGGAUUACAUUGGGGUUUUACACCGAUAACGUUACAAAACCUAAAAAGUGUUGGUGGAGAUGUCGUUGAGGAUAGUACUAAAUUGCGUGAAGUAUCUGGCUCUACAGCGGUAACAGGAAUUUUUGCUGGUGUUACCGAGCCAAUUUUAUAUGGUCUAAUCAUGCAAUCCAAACGCUUAAUGAUUAUCACGGCAAUUGCUGGCGGAAUUGGUGGUGCUGUGAGUGGAUUAUGUCAUGUCAUGAUGACAUCCUCUGGAAUAUCUUUAAUAUUAGGUAUCAUUUUGACUUACUUCUGGGGCUUUAAGAAAGAUGAGGUAAAUUCAGCUAAAGUAGCCGCAGAUUUAAUGCAAGCUGCCACUAAGGACCAAAAAGCUAAA